UGCCGCAGGCGCCUUUUCCGCUUCCGCUUCCCUUUCGGCGGAGUUGCUACGUGUCUUAAGAAGCAGCGUUUGGUGGCGGCGUCUGCAGCGUAAGGACUUUCUUCAGGACUGUUCAUCAUGGAUCAAGUAAUGCAGUUUGUGGAACCCAGCCGCCAGUUUGUGAAAGAUUCUAUCAGGCUUGUUAAAAGAUGCACAAAACCAGAUAGAAAAGAAUUCCAGAAGAUUGCCAUGGCAACAGCAAUAGGCUUUGCAAUAAUGGGAUUUAUUGGUUUCUUCGUAAAACUGAUCCAUAUUCCGAUCAACAAUAUUAUUGUGGAGAACGUAGGAACUCUUGGACUUCAAAUUGAACAAACACAUGCAAUGAAGCACUUUAGAGAUUCGGCAAUCCUGAUCCCAGGAACCCAUCAGAUCACCAUUAGGCAGCAAAUCAAACAAAAACUCUAUAAAUUUUGCUGGCAUCUACUGGUCAUCUGGAUUCUUGCAGCUCAUCUGGUAGUCUGACUAUUAUAUAUUCAGGUAG